GAGUGACGUCCUUGCAGACAUAGGUUUCUCUUAGCAAGGAUGUGGUUACAAAGUUUAAAAGAAGAAGUGUUUUCUUCUGACACCACAGUCUGCAUUUAAGCCAGUGAGAGAGACGCUAACAUCGGAGCACCUUCACCUUGAGCAUCGCCAGAGUCACCAUGAAUGCCAACUGUGUAUUAAAUGAUACUGAGAAUAUCAUGAAGUCACUGGAGAUGGCCAUCUACGUGCCCAUCUUUGUCUUCGGGCUUGUCCUGAACAUCAUCGCACUUGUGGUGUUCUGCACCUUGCUCAAGAAAUGGACAGAGUCCUCCAUCUACAUGACCAACCUAGCUCUGAUGGACCUGCUUUUGUUGCUCCAGCUCCCCUUCAAAAUGCAUGCAAGGGACAAUAAGUGGUCCUCUGACAAGGCAACAUUCUGCUGCUUCUUGGAAAGCCUGUACUUCAUGGGUAUGUACGGGAGUAUCUACACCAUAACAUGUAUCUCCAUUGACCGCUACAUUGGCAUAUGCCACCCGUUCCACUUCAGCGGGCUACGGUCCAAAAAAAUUGCUAGGAAUGUGUGCAUCACCAUCUGGUUUGUUGUGGUGUUUGCGACCCUGCCUGUCUACACCUUCCACGAGAAAGUAAAUACAGAGUUCCGCUGCUUCCAUGGCUUUUCUGACAAGGGUUGGCACACGGCGCUCAUCGCCUGCUUGGAGGUGUUUGGGUUCUUGCUUCCCACUCUCGUGUUGGUGACUUGCUCAGCACGUAGCGUCCAUGCAUUAAAGGAAUCCAACGCCAGCAGUUCAGAGAAGCAGGCUGGAAUACGGAUCAUCUACAGCAGCCUUUGCGCCUUCCUGGUGCCCUUCACCCCAAGCCAUGUGGCCAUCUUCCUCCAGUACCUGGUGCGCAGUGGCAGAAUUUCAGACUGCGAGGCCAUGAAGAGUAUUGCCCUGUUUGUGCAGUUGACCAUAUGCCUGUCCAAUGUCACUAGCUGCCUGGAUGCCAUCUGCUAUUACUUUGUAGCCAAAGAGGUGCGCGCCAGCAGGAGAGUGAUCAGGCAGUCCCUCAGCAGAAUAAGAAACAGCAGUGCCUCAGAAGUGUAAGAAAGAAACAUUUUUUGGUUAUUGUAUGACUAACCACAGCAGGCGCUCAGGCGCUUCUCACGCGAAGGGAGCGUGCCAAGUUCAAGAGAAACUUUAGAGAUGAAUGGUCAAAAGCUGACUGUGCCGGAGUGGAGACUUAUUAUUUAUAGAAGCUUUUAUAAUCUACAUGGUCCAUCAGAAGUUUCCUUUUUGUAUGGCUACCGUAAAAUGUUGACACAGAUGCCAGGUAAGACAUAAAGGAUUUUAGUUUAUUAUUAAAUGUGCUGUCAGCUUAGGGAGGUAUUGAUACUGUGCUUCUUUAUGUACGCUGCUCAUCAAAAGUUUGCAGACACCUUACUUUCUUAUGGGAUUUGGAAUUUCUUGCUGCUACAUUUCAGUUAAGUAACAACAAUAUCUGCAAAUGGUUUGUAAACAUAAAACAGUAGUAUUCUAAUGCUUUGGGUAUAUUUUGCAACAUUCAGCUUCAUGUCCAUCCUUGGUAGUUUAAACACUACUCAUAAGUGCUGACGUUACAGUCUUUAAAAUGUUUGAGACAUGUUAGGUUAAAUACUGUGAGAAAUACUGUCACAAAUAGUGAAACAUUACAUUGCUUUUAUCACAUUAUAAUAUGAUUUAAUAUGCUACAUUACUACAAACCUAAAAACAUGCUCAGUUGUUAAAAAAGGGCAAAAAACAAAAACAUUUAGAAAAUAAAGAUGUCUCCAAACCUUUGACAAGCAGUAAAUAUACUGUGAAUAGUCUAUAUCCAGCAAAUGUGCUCAGCAAACAAGCUACAUCCCAGUUAAAACUGAAAUGCGUUUAGAUGUAGUAGCAUUGCUAUCUGUUUCUAUAAGGUGCGCGAAAGAGUGGGCCCAGGCAGCAUGCCUGCUGUUUCACUCUGCCUCAGGAAGCAAGUUUCUGUUUGAACAAAUUUUUUUCAGAGUUUCAUGGUGUGUGAGAAAUGAUAAAAGUGUCGAUAGCAUGUAUUUAAAUUUAGAAUAGCUUGUUGCUACUGUAUCUUUAACUUAAACACUUAAAAAAGUGUUUGCCUUUUUUGUAUUUUUUAUAUUUUUGGUAAUGUGGCAUUAAGGAGGUGGAGUGAUAAAUGACAAUGUUAUAGGUUCAAGUCUUGGACUAAGUUUUCAUUGUAGAAUCACCACUUGCACAUAUUAUAAAUACAAUAAAUGUGAAUUUGAUAAAACCUGAAAA